AUGAAGUUGGAGAACCACAGCAGCAUGUCCAAAUUCUUCCUCCUGGGACUCCCCAUCCAUCCAGAGCAGCAGAGCCUGUUCUUAACCCUCUUCCUGGGCAUGUACCUCACCAUGGUGCUGGGGAAUCUGCUCAUCAUCCUGCUCAUCAAGCUGGACUCUCACCUCCACACCCCCAUGUACUUCUUCCUCAGCCACGUGGCCCUCAUUGAUGUCUGCUUUUCAUCUGUCACUGUCCCAAAGAUGUUAAUGAACAUGCAGACUCAGGAGCAAUCCAUCUCCUAUGCAGGAUGCAUAGCACAGAUGUAUUUUUUCAUAUUUUCUACUGUUCUGGACAACCUUCUUCUCACAUCAAUGGCCUAUGACCGGUAUGUGGCCAUAUGUCACCCCCUCCACUACACCACUAUCAUGACGGAGGGGCUGUGUGCUUUACUAGUAGUUGUGUCCUGGAUCCUCUCCUGUGCCAAUGCUCUGUCCCACACCCUCCUCCUGGCCCAGCUGUCCUUCUGUGCUGACAAUAGCAUCCCACACUUCUUUCAUGACCUUGCUGCCCUACUCAAGUUGUCCUGCUCAGACACCUCCCUCAAUAAGCUGGCCAUUUUCACAGUGGGACUGGCAGUCAUUACUCUGCCAUUAAUAUGCAUACUUGUUUCUUACAGCUGCAUUGGGUCCACCAUCCUGAAGGUCCCCUCUAUUGAGGGUAUCUGCAAAGCCCUGUCCACAUGUGGUUCUCACCUCUCUGUGGUAUCUCUGUAUUAUGGAACAAUUAUUGGGCUGUAUUUUCUGCCUUCAUCCAGCAACUCAAAUGACAAGGAUAUAGUUGCCUCUUUGAUGUACACAGUGGUCACCCCCUUGCUGAACCCCUUCAUUUACAGCCUAAGGAACAGGGACAUAAAGGAGGCCCUGGAGAGACCCCUCAGCAGGGCAACCAUCUCAAUUCAGUAA